UCUUUCCAUUGCUUGCCUUCUGUAUUAUCGUCGCUCAAUCUUCUCCAGUGUAUAUCAAAAUGCAAGCAUUUUCCUCACCUACUUCCAGCGACGAUGACCAGAAAAGGGACUUGGAGUAUUUGCUUGAAGUUUUUAGCUCUAUGUGCUCUCUUAAGGACAUAGCCUCUGCUUACUGCCAGGAGAGGCAAAAUGUAGAAAUGGCUGCUGAAAUUCUAUGUGCAUCACUUGUAAGUCCCUCAGACGGUGCUGGUUCAUCAAAAGUUAAAUUUGAGGGUGCAAGUGCAACUUCUUCGGAAGGAAUGUCAUCUGACAAAGUUCUUCAGAAUCCCAUAAAAGGAGCGGGCAAUACCAGAGCAUCAAAAUCAAAAAAAAAUUCUGUAUCAGGGGGCACUGUUUCAGGUAUGAUUGGAAAAGAGUAUAUUAGGCCCAGAUCAUCAACAAAUGAAUCUAUUGAAGUGAAGAAACCAUUAAAGUUAGGGCUGAAAGAAGUGCCUGCCUCUGAGAUAUGGAGUGAAGAAGUUGAAUCAACCAUGCCAGCAGAAAACAGCAAAAUGCAUGCUGAUAUUGAAGAGUUUCUGUUUAAAAUGCUUGGAGAGGGCUUUAAACUUGAUAUGGAUGUCAUCCGAGAAGUUCUUGGUAAAUCUUCUUAUCUCGCCAUUGUGGAUAUGAUGUGCAAAAGAUUUAUUAGUGCACAUCCUUCAAGAAACGUAACCCCGGAACAACUGGAAAAGAAGAUCAUGAUUUCAAUACUCAAUUUUCAACAAAGCAUGGAGAAUCUUCUUUUCAUGUCAGCAUCAAACUUGGAGAAGUCUGAUGAUAUUAUUGGCUUAUCUAGUUUAAAGUCUACAGAGAUGAGUCCAUAUCAACAUUCUGCCCAUAGUAAAUCACCAAUAGAAGAAAAGGAUGGGUUAGUUCUUCAGAAAGAGGUUUUAGAAGCAUUGUUUCAUGUUCCCGAAAGAUCUGAGGAAGCACCUAAAAGAAGUCACCCGGUGAGGGAAGUGAAGAGAUAUAAGGCAUUUAGAAAAUUUGCGGUUGAACCUUUUAGAGACACUCUUGUAGAAUGUAAAAAUGCUACUCUGGCACCAGAAGAAGUAACCAGUGCAGAAGAUGGAGAUGGUGACAAUAGCUAUCAGGUCCUACGUAGAUCUGUAAAAGAACAUUGGAUUACAAUGAAGGAAUACUAUAAAGCUGCUUUUGAUGCAUUUUGUGAGGGUGAUCGUGUACGUACAGACAAACUUCUAGAGGAGGGACACUUCUAUAGCAGAAAGGCACAGGAAGCAGACGAGAAAUACACUCAAAAGCUUCUUGAAGCUCAGAGUAGAGAAAAUGUGGUGUCUCUUGACUUGCAUCACCAUGAACCCAAGGAAGCUGUACGUCUUCUAAGGCUUCAACUAACCUAUUUCUCUGGCAUCCCAGAUUUUACGUACCUUAAGGUCAUAGUGGGAACGAAUGACACCACGGGAGCUGCCCGGAGACGAAUGAUUAUAAAGCAACUGGAGAAGGAAUCAAUCAAGUGGACAGAGGAGGAGAAUGGUCGAACAAUAUGGAUCCGAUUGCAUGUAAUUGACCCAAAAUGCUUGAGCUUCUCAAGAAAAAUGAGUGAAAGAAACAAGAGCUCACCUUAAGAAGAGGUGAACUUAAAAGAAGCCCAUGACAAAUGCUGCUUUUGUUGUUGUCCAUACGGGCUUUGAGAUGAACUUUUCUUUUGUGGGAAGUUGAUAAAAGAUUCUAGAAAGAUGAAAUUCAAGCAAGACUUAAUCUAGGUAUUGAAAAUGAUGU